AUGUUAGAUGAAAUUCAUAGACAAGAACGUGAAGAGAUGGAAAACAAGCUUGAAGCAAAAGAUGAAGUCAUUGAAGCAAAAGACAAAAACAUACAGAAAAGAAUACCACGUUCGGUACCAAAAGGAAAGGAAAAGAACUAUAAGUAUAUGAUUUAUACUGAAGAGAUGGAAAAUGAAGAAGACAGAGAUAUGGUUAUGUUGCAUUUAGUCAGAAGAAACAACAAAAGCUUUUACGACCUUGCUAAGAUUUACAAAUCUGACAGAAAUUGGUUCUAUCGCGAAAACUUACCGAUUUCAAUGACACCAAAUGAAGAUGUGAAACAAAUAGUUCAAGAUACUUUACCUCAAACACACUAUGAUAUUAAAGGUUGUACAAUACUUACCUUCAAAGAAGAUUUGCCAUUGUUAAAGGAAAAAAUAACAGAGUAUUUUGACAACUUCAAACAAGCAGAGUAG